AUGAACAGUCCUUUUGCUCGUCAGAUCGGCUCCCGAUUGAAUCUUGGAAGCAAGACUCCUCGCGGCACUUUUUGCAAUGCCUACCACAGCGCGGCCACCCCGAAGCCUCUGCGUCGGAAGCAGCAAUGCAAUAUUUCUCGAAUGCAGACUAGAACCGCCAAAACAUACACCAGACCACCGAAUCGAUUCGAGAAGAUGGUGAUCGACGCCCGAGUGCAACACCCUAUCCUCUUUCCUUUCCUUCUGAUCGGUUGCUUCGGCUCGGUGUCGAUGCUUUUGGUGAUGGCAUACAACGAGUACAAGAAAGAUAAACUCCACACAACAGACUACCCCCCCGAGGUCGAGGAGAGACUACGUCUUGCCCUACACUACACACAUAUCCAGCCUGAUCCAGAGGCGUCGGCGAAGUAUUUCCUGCAGGCCAUUCAAAAAGCAGAAGAGGCCGGCAUGGAUCCGUUCAAGCCCGAUGCGUUAGGAAUUCGGAUACGCUUCUCGCAGAUGUGGGAAAACUUUGGACAUGUCAAGUCUGCAAUCGAGAUUCUCGAUGGCAUGAUUAAGGAUGUGGAGCAGAAACUGGCUGAGAUCGAUGAAGAACGGGCCGGAAGUCCGACCAAGGCAAGCGAAGAGGAGGAUGCAAUGAGGAGAACUCUUUUACGGGCGACUAUCCAGGCAAAGGUCAAGGUGGCAUCAUUAUAUGAAAGCGACUAUAUGCAAGACCGGUCAAUGGCUAAACAGGUCCUCUCCGAUGCCGUUGGACUUGUGGUGAAGGAGACAAAAGACCCUCAGACGAAUGGCUUCACCAAUGACAAUAGUGCAGGCAUGACGACUGGCGAGAUCGCCGCAAUGCUUUCACAAAUGGGCGAUCUCUAUGCUACCACUGGCGAGGAAGCCAAUGCCUUGCAAGUCUACAUGCUGACUCUGCAGCCUCUACGAGCCUCGUGCAACGGUACAAGAUCCUGUAAAGAAGCCCAAGUGCUCAGCAACAUUGCCUCAACGAUGGAUCUAGCACUCAAGAAACCGGAUGCAAAGAUCAAUGGCAGACCCGCGACAAAGAAUUCCUUAGAUGCUGCCAGAAAAGCAGCCAUCAACUGGGCAGACCAGGCUAUUGCAACAACAGAGGCUGUCGAGCCCGAAAAUCGAGACGAUAUCUGCGAGUUGGCUUCCCUAUCCGCGCGGAUGACUCGAGCAGACCUGCUGUUGGAGAGUGGCGACAAGGCCAAGUCGUAUGAAGCCUUUUCGAAUCUACUGCCAAUUUUGAAAGAGAAGAAUCUCCUGCCACUCAUCCAGGUAGCGGAGGAGGGCCUGAAAAGAGCCACAGCUUGA